UGUUGUAACCGUUUACAACUGGAUGCUAAGCGAGCUGCAUGUUCCGUUGUAAAGGGAAUUGGAGGCUCUAGUAAGUCGAUCCAGGGUUCCGUGAAUAUUUCGUUUUCUUCACGCUUUGAUCGAAACGUCAGUUUCGUUAUGGAGUCCUUGGUGGUGGAUAAAGUAACUGAACGCCUGCCUACUGUCGCAGUUGAUGUUUCCGCACUUUCUUACUUAAGAAACCUACCUUUGGCUGAUGAUACUUACGCAGUCCCUGGAGAGAUUGAGAUGUUGAUCGGGGCUUCAAUUUUCCCGCAUCUUUUGUUGCCCAACAAGGUUCAAGGUCAACACGGUCAUACUACCCCGUGCGCCCUGGAAACCGUACUCGGUUAUGUCAUCGUUGGUUUCGCACCCGCUUUAAUUGAAAAUUACGCUACCGUUUCGUACUGUUGCGCCGCUGAUUCGAUGGAAUACGUCGUUCGUAAAUUCUGGGAAAUGGAGGAGGUCAACGUACCCCCUAUUCUCAGUCCUGACGAUAGGGAAUGUGAAGAAAUCUAUACUCGCACCACCGUCCGUGAGAAAGACGGUCGAUAUGUUGUCGCGCUCCCCUUCAAGGGUGAUGUUUCUUCGCUCGGUGACUCGCGUCUCAUGGCUGAAAGGCGCUUUAUGUGCCUGGAGCGCAAGAUGCAAUCCCUACCAAAGUUAAGGAAAGCUUACGACGAUGUGAUUUAUGAAUACCUGGAUAAGGGUUACAUAUCAGAAGCACCGCCUGAAACAGAUAACGGUAAUGACGCACCGUCUUAUUUUAUUCCGCAUCAUGGGGUCAUUCGGGAAGAUAAGGUUACUUCCAAACUUCGCGUCGUGCUAGAUGCUAGCGCUAAGACUAGUACGUCUGUGUCCCUCAAUGAUAUAUUGUACGGUGGUACAAACUUGCAAGGGAACUUGUACAAGAUUUUAAUAAAUUUUCGGCUAUUUCGUAUAGCGCUCUCCGCUGAUAUCAGACAAAUGUUUUUGUGCAUUGGCAUUCGUGAUUGUGAUCACAGAUUUCAGCGCAUUUUGUAUCGUUUCACGCCUGAAGAACCUCUUAAGAUCUAUCAGUUUAAUCGUGUUUGUUUUGGUUUGAAGUCAAGCCCCUUUCAUGCUUUACGCACUAUCAAACAGCUCACAGCUGAUGACGGCGAUUCCUUUCCCAAGGCGAAGGAAACCGUAGAGACCGGCUUGUAUAUGGACGACUUCGUCUAUUGUGUCGAUAAUGAAGAUGAAGCCGUAGACACCACUUCAGAAGUUAUAGGACUUAUGAAGGCUGGCCAAUUCGAUCUCGUCAAAUGGACUAGUAACUCGCAAAGAGUUCUAGAUUCCAUUCCGCUAUCGCACCGUCUUUCUUCCGUUAAGGAAUUCGAUGAAAGAGAGAGCUCCAAAUCCAAAGGCUUCAAAGAACUGCGAUGUAACGAAGCCGAUGUAAGUCUCAGCCAAGAUUCUGAGGACUCCAAUAGAAGCUGCAAUGGUAACGGUGAUGACCAUGGCAGUGCGCCGACCCCAGUGGUCGGAGAUGUAGCCAAUGAUGGGUAG